AUGGACCUGGGCCGUGGGGGAGGGGCGCGCGGCGCGGCGGGCGGGAGCGCGGCAAGAUGGCGGCUGACGCGGCCCGCGCCGCCCGCAGAGACCAAGGUGUACGUGGGGAACCUGGGCACGGGCGCCGGCAAGGGCGAGCUGGAGAGGGCCUUCAGCUACUACGGGCCGCUGCGCACCGUGUGGAUCGCCAGGAACCCGCCCGGCUUCGCCUUCGUGGAGUUCGAGGACCCGAGGGAUGCGGAGGAUGCCGUCCGCGGACUCGAUGGCAAGGUGAUCUGCGGCUCCCGGGUGCGAGUGGAAGUGUCGACAGGGCUGCCCCGUCGCUCGCGCUACGACCGGCCCCCGGCGCGGCGCCCCUUCGACCCCAACGACAGAUGCUAUGAGUGUGGCGAGAAAGGCCACUAUGCUUAUGAUUGCCAUCGUUAUAGUCGCCGAAGGAGGAGCAGGUCCCGGUCUCGAUCCCGCUCAAGGUCCCGAGGAAGAAGGUAUUCUCGCUCACGCAGUCGCAGUCGUGGUAGGAGGUCCAGGUCAGCUUCCUAUCGUAGGUCGCGGUCCGUUUCUCCUCGUAGGUCUAGAUCUGUCUCACCCCGACGGUCCCGAUCAGGUUCCUUGAAGAGAUCAAGGUCUAGGUCAAGAUCCAGGUCUAGAUCCAGAUCUGCUACGUGGCCACGAAGCAGGUCCAGGUCACGUGGCAGAUCUAAAUCGGGCUCCCCGGCUAAGAGUCGAUCAAAGUCCCGAUCGCCGUCUCCAAAGAGAAGUCGCUCACCAUCAGGAAGCCCUCAGAGAAGCGCAAGCCCUGAAGGAAUGGAUUAAAGUUAUGAACUUUUGUGAAGAAAGUUAUUUUGCUUACAUUAUAAUAAGGGAUUUUUUUGUGGUGUCUUUGUAAAUGUAAGAAUGUAGAUAGAAGAGUCUAUGAAUGAAAAUUUGGCAUGAUCUGGGUCUCGUGAGUUAGUCGCAGCAGUAGACUAGCACAGGCCAGUUUUUAUUGUAUGAAUCAACUCCCUGUGAUAUGAAAAUGUGGGACUUUUUUAUUGGCACAUUGAAAUAAAAUGUGUAU